UUCUCUCAGGCUUUUAUUCCUCUCCAUGUUUUCCUCUGACUUUAACAUAUUUUGUUACAGCCACCGAAGGUCUUAGCGUCGUCAUGGGCCGCCGCCCCGCCCGGUGCUACCGGUAUUGUAAGAACAAGCCGUACCCAAAGUCUCGCUUCUGCCGAGGUGUCCCUGAUGCCAAGAUCCGCAUCUUUGACCUGGGGCGGAAGAAGGCAAAAGUGGAUGAAUUCCCACUUUGUGGCCACAUGGUGUCAGAUGAAUAUGAGCAGCUCUCCUCUGAAGCCCUGGAAGCUGCCCGUAUUUGUGCCAACAAAUACAUGGUAAAAAGUUGCGGCAAAGAUGGCUUUCAUAUUCGCGUGCGACUCCACCCUUUCCAUGUCAUCCGCAUCAACAAGAUGUUGUCCUGUGCUGGGGCUGACAGGCUCCAGACAGGUAUGCGGGGUGCUUUUGGGAAGCCUCAGGGCACAGUGGCCAGGGUUCAUAUUGGCCAGGUCAUCAUGUCCAUUCGCACCAAGCUGCAGAACAAAGAGCAUGUGAUUGAGGCCCUGCGCAGAGCCAAGUUCAAGUUUCCUGGCCGCCAGAAGAUACACAUCUCAAAGAAGUGGGGCUUCACCAAGUUCAAUGCAGAUGAAUUUGAAGAUAUGGUAGCUGAGAAGCGGCUCAUCCCUGAUGGCUGUGGGGUCAAGUACAUCCCCAAUCGUGGUCCCCUGGACAAGUGGCGAGCUCUGCACUCAUGAGCUUCCAGUGCUCAACCUUAUCAAUCAUGUUCACUCAAUAAAUCUCACAAUACUA